AUGGAUAAACUAAAUAAAUCACUUGAAUUUUUAAAAUUACUUUCAGCAACAACAUCAGAAACAUUAAUAAUCAAAGGUAACAAUGAAAAUUGUUUUAAAUUAAUUAAAGCUAGUGUGGAAACAUUAUUUACAACAUGUGAUGAAAAUAAUUAUGAUGUACGAUUGACUGCUGAUGAAAAUCUUAAUCAACUUGUUAAAGAACUUCUCAUGGCCUAUUCAGCAAAUAUGUUAUCUCAUGGUUAUAGCACGUUUUCUAAUGACAAAUGCAAUUGUACACGUUUAAUAAUUGUUUAUCUUGAUUUAAUAAAAAAAUUUAUUCAAUUACUUCGGUAUUCAAAUUUAUUUGAUUUUGAUCAAUUAUUAAUUUCAACCCAAAUUGAAUCUAUAGAAGAAAUUCGUGUUGGUGAAGUCUUAAAAACAGAUAUUACAUAUCUUUUAUCUUUAUGUGAACACGGUGAUCUACAUUUACGUGGUGCAUGUGCAAAUUUACUUGUUACAUUAAUUCAAACAACAAUUCAUCUUUUAAUAUUAUCAUCAUUAUCAAAUUCAUUUAUUAAUUAUUUUAUUAAUCAAUAUUCACUUGUAUCAACUGAUUCACAAGACAGUUCAAGUCAUGCAUUUACAAUCAUAGGAAUUAAAUUAUUAGAAGAUUCUAUUCAACAUACUACAAGUUCCUGUACUCUUGCUAAAUUUGCUCUAGUUCAACUUAUGGAUGAUAUUGAUUUUCGAAUAUUAACUUAUCUUGAACAACAAUUAAAACAACAGUACCCUGAUAUACGUGUUCGUCAAGCAAUUGCUUCGACUUUUGCUAAACCAACAACAAUUCGACCAAUUUUUUCAUAA